UUUACUAACAAAGUUUUUUUUUUAUAUAAUAUAAAAUUUAUAUUUUUUGUCUGAAUAAGUCGAAUAAGUUAUUAGGUAUCUAUACCUAUACGAUAAAGUACAACAGUUACUGAAUCAGCUUAAAACAACUUGUAGCUAAUUCCAUCUAUCCACCAGAUCCACCACUACAAUUUGAAUGAUAUAUCGAACUAAGACAUUUUUAUUAUAAAACUUAAUAAUGAGUGAUGCCCAAAAUUUGAACGAAUCAUUAGAGCUCUACAGAAAUCAGCUUGCACAGGUCAAUCGAGUCCUGGAAAAUGUUGGCGAAGGUUCAGAAAAAGAUUCUCUUCUGAAUUUGAAAAACGAUCUCGAGGAAUUGCUCAAGCUCACUCUCGAGACAAUUCAACAUGAAGAAAGGAGUGAUGAUGAUUUGGAUGACACAGCUGCACCUGUUAAUAGCAAUGAGGACGACGAGUUUGAUUUGUUUAUGUCGGAAAUACAGGCAUUAGAGGAUCCACAAAAGAACGCAGUGCUAUCACCGUCGAAAGGUACUAACGGGGAAGAACACGAGUCUUUUAAAGAUCUCGUCAGUAGUAAGUGCUCCGCUCCGCACAUGCACAAAUGGGGAUCGAAGUCCUAUCAUAAUGCAUUGAUAUGCAGUGUAGACUCUUCCGAUUUGGAAAAUGUAACCGCAAAGGUAUUAUUUAUAAACCCUACUCAUCAGGAAAUGGUUCCAUGUAUGUACUUCUUAGAAGGUAACUGCAAAUUUGAAGAACAGAAGUGCCGUUUUUCGCACGGUGAGGUGAUUUUGAUUAACGAACUAAAGGAGUACCGUGAACCUCAAUUUGAUCUUUUGCGUAAAAAGGGUUGUAGAGUUCUAGCUAAACAGAAAAAUCGUAUGUGGAGUAAAGGAACGAUUAGACAGGCGGAUUUUGAAAAUCAAACAUGUAUAAUUCAAAUGGAUGAAGGGAGACACGAGCUAGAAUUGCCAUUUGAGGAUGUGUUACCUUUGGAGGGUGAUGAUGUAUCGAGCUCUGAUUCAGAGUCGGACUCGAACAGUUUUGAUGAAAAUGAAGAUGAUGUUGCUUCAAUUCGACAAGCACAGAUUAUUCAACGAAGUCUAUUGAAUCCUGCUCCGGAUCAACGACUGGGUGAUUGGGAGAAAUACACCAAGGGCAUUGGAUCAAAAAUUAUGUUAAAGAUGGGAUAUGUCGUUGGAGCUGGUCUUGGAAGCCGGGGCGAAGGAAUAGUGGUACCCGUUAGUGCACAAGUUUUACCUCAAGGUAGAUCUCUGGACUAUUGUAUGCAACUUCGAGAACAGGCGAAUGGCGAUAAAGAUCUAUUCAGUGUUGAAAAGAAACUAAUACGACAAAAAAAGAUUCAGGAGAAACGAGAUUCAAAAAAUUAUGCCAAAAAUAAAGCCAAGAAGGAUGUUUUCAAUUUCCUGAACAGCGAAAUUUUUGGAUCGAACAGCAGUGCAUCGAGCUCUUGUGGUAGUAGGAAGUCUACAGGGAGUCAAAAUAGCAUUGAUCUGCCGGCUUGCUCUUCAAAAAACCUGAACAUUGCCAGUUUGAAACUUACCGAACAAAUUCGACGACUAGAAAUGGACAUUGAGAAGCUGUCGCACAGCCUGAAGCGGCACCAGCCGGGAUCAAAAAUUUAUUCCAAUCUGAUGAAACAGAUUGCCGACAAGCGGCAGGAAAUUUCCGAAAUUAAAAAAGCGGAAAAUUCUAUUUCAAAGGAACAACAGCUUCGAACUGAUAAGCGAAAAAUGACAGUAUUUUAAAAGAAAAAUAAUCACAUUCA